AUGUAUUCAUCGAUUCCGAUACUUAUUUUUACUUUCUGUUUACUAUGCAUAUCAAAAUCACAAGUGUACGGUAACGAACUGUUUGAAAAUGAUUUAUUCAGUAGAACCCACUCCAGUGUAUUGGAAGAUGCACGUUUAGAUACGUUCUCGUUAAUCCGCAAAUACGGAUAUCCGUGCGAAAUCCACCGCGUCUACACGGAAGAUGGUUACAUUUUGGAAAUGCAUAGAGUCCCGCACGGCGCCCACGACGACCGAAACGAGCCCAGACCGGUGGUGUUUCUACAGCACGGACUUCUGUCAUCAUCAGCUGAAUGGAUUUUAAUGAAACCGGGCAAGGGUCUUGCCUACGUUCUCGCAGACCACGGCUACGAUGUUUGGAUGGGCAAUGCCCGCGGUAACACAUACUCCCGCAGGCACAUCUCCAUGAAGCCAACAUCCUCAUCUUUUUGGAAGUUUAGUUGGCACGAGAUCGGCUACUACGACUUACCUGCUAUGAUCGACUAUGUAUUAAGAGAAACCGGUGUUGCUAAAGUUCAAUACAUCGGCUUCUCACAGGGUACCACUGCAUUCUGGGUGAUGACGUCAUCCCGGCCCGAAUAUAAUGAUAAAAUAUCAGCAAUGCAUGCAUUAGCCCCUGUAGCUUACAUACCCAACAUUAAAAGCCCACUCAUAAAGGCUAUUGGACCCUUCACUAAUUCUUUGGAGGUCAUAUUUAAACUAAUAGGCGCAGACGAAUUCUUGCCAAAUGGUAAAAUGAACGAGUUAGCCGGUCAAAAGAUGUGUAUUGAGGAAGCCCUAACACAAGUUUUGUGCACUAACCUGCUAUUCCUUAUCUGUGGCUACAACAUAGAUCAACUUAAUAAGACAAUGCUCCCAGUUGUAAUGGGCCAUACGCCCGCAGGUGCUUCAACACGACAAAUGAUACAUUUCGGUCAGUCAUACAACAGUGGAGAAUUCCGCCACUUUGACCAUGGAUGGCUGAAAAACAAACUAAUCUACGGUUCUUUUAAGCCACCAGCUUACAACUUAAACGCAAUACGGACACCAAUAUUCCUUCAUUAUGCCGACAACGACUGGCUGUCUACUCCAAAAGAUGUCGAUAGAUUAUCUAAAGACAUUAAAAGUGUUGUCGGCAAAUUCAGGGUAGCCAUGCCGGAAUUCAACCAUUUAGAUUUCGUAUUUGCUAUAAACGCAACUGAAAUUGUCUAUCACCGCUUACUAAAUAUUAUGCAGGUGUUCGAUCAAUAAAGAUUUUAUGAAACGUCA